UUGUUCUACCCGCGGCAGAUUGCCGAAAAUUGGAAGCCAUCGCGCAUUUUUCUGUUUGGCGAACGAGGCUAGGCUGGUGGUGUUAAGUGCGAAAGUCGGCAAAAAUUGUACAUUUUUCAUAACGAAAGUGGUUUUAUUAACACGUUAAUUGGUAUUCGGGACACAAAGCAGUAUUUUCAGUUGAAAAUCGGUUAGUUGACAGGUUUGCUUGUGCAUCUGUGUUUGCUUUGAUCGCUGUACCCGUUUCGUGAGUGACGCGGUAACAAAGUAAUUUUAGUGAAAUAACGAAUUAUUACUGCAGGAAAAGAUGGGAAAAUCGAAGGAUAACAACAAGGUUUCGGAUGAGUCAAGCGAAGAGGAGGAGUAUGUGGUGGAAAAAAUUGUCGAUCGUCGGGAGCGUAAGGGAAAAAUUGAAUAUUUGCUAAAAUGGAAGGGUUACGAUUCGUCAGCAAACACUUGGGAGCCGAAGGAAAAUUUAGAGUGUCCUGAUCUGAUCAAAGCAUUCGAGGAUACGCGAACAGAAGCCAAGAAAGAAUCAAAGGAGAAGGAGAAAACCAAGGAAAAGAAGAAGCCGAGCAGCACAAAGCCAUCUUCUGGUGGAUCGAAAAAGAAGAAUGAUUCUGAUGCAGAAAACGAUGGUUCGGAUGACGAUGACAAGGACGACUCCGCUUCGACUAAAUCGAAUAAAUCAAAGAGUGCAGCAGCCGAUAAUGAUGCCUCUGCCAGCGACGAUGGCAUGAAUGGAUUUGAAAAGGGUUACAUUCCAGAGAAAAUUCUCGGUGCAACCGAAGCCAACAGUGAGCUGCUGUUUUUGAUCCAGUGGAAGGACAAAGACAAGGCACAACUGGUGUCGUCCAAGGAAGCACGCAAACACUGUCCGCAGCUGGUCAUAGAUUUUUACGAGGAACGUCUCAUUUGGCAGUCAGCGGACUCCGCCGAAUAGGCACAUAUUGCAUUCUCCCCAGUUUACUCGCAGAAACAUUAAUCGGAAACAAAAGCUUUCUGGCAAGCUGUAGGUUAAGAAUGUUUGUUUUAAGUAUGCCAACAAUUAAAAGAUAACUCGGAAAGCCCCUUGUGUAUGUCUAAAUAAUAAGGUUUUGUUUAUCUUCACCACCUUUGGACAUAGAAUGAGUUGUAAUGCUAGUUCUGGAAACCAAAUUUGAGGAUGGUUUAACAACAUCCAGCUUUGCGUUUAAACGCUAAACAUGUGGUAAAACAAAACGAUUAUACAAUUAUACAUUUCUCUAACUCUAGACGAUGAUAAUUAUCAAUAAAAUAACAAAAUACAAAGAAAUCAGAUUUUGGCAAAGUAUAGUUUUGAAAAA